AUGCCUCAUCACGAGAGUACCUUGCCUUUCAUCAACGGGCACAAGAAGACCCGUCGUGCUCCUCACAUUUUAAAUGUCCUUGAAAGACGCUACGACGCUCAGUUCUAUGAGGCAAUAGCCAAAAUCAUGGCUCUGCGGAGCACCUACUUGCGAGAAAGACACAUAUUCGUCCGAGGAGAAGACAUGAUACCCAUUAUCACGGGACUGGGUGCUCGACAAGAUGACUUUGCUGCGGUCAAGGAUAUCAGUGAUCUCACUGGACCCGACCCCACUCUUGACUAUCGCUCGGUAACUUAUGGCCGGUACUGCAUCGAUCCUGAGACCAGGAGUAUACGGCGGCUUGAGUCGCAGCCAUACACUCUGACGGUGCAGGAGGAUUACAAGCGCCAUGACUCUGGGAUCCCCCGCAUGUUCGAUGAGACGCCAACGGACAUGCAAGGCAACACCGUCAUCCAGGCCCUGAUGCUAUUCAAGGCACUGAUCUUCCAGGGCGUCGCUGUAUCACCCCGUGAAGGGCUGGACUACUCCUCUCCAGCCUGGAUCUGCACCAUGUUCAACGCACGUACACACACCUGCAAGAAAAGCGGCAUAUUUGGCGAACCAGCCCUUGAAGGCGUACACUCGGACGGGUCUGACCAUACCAUGACGAUAUUCCUCGGAAGCAACAAUAUGCGGCCUGAUAGCGCCGUUACAUUCAUCCACGAUAACAGGGAGACAACCGGGGUGCAGACAUGGGAGACGAAUCCUUCACUGAUCCGUGGACGCGUACAUCAUCAGCAUUUCUUGGACACGUUGAUGUUUGUGGAUCACGAUUUCAAGCACAGUGUUACAUCUGUGCAUCAGCUAGACGAGACUCGGCCGACAACUAGGGAUAUGCUCGUCGUAUUUACUCGGCGACCAAAGAUGGAGGGGCAUGUAUCGGGUUAUGCGGAUACUAUGGAGCUUCACAGUACGGCACCAUUGCAUCUACCAAUGUGGGUAGUCUGA